AUGACAGAAUUAAUGGAGACGGACAGCGAUGCAACGGAAUUGGCACAAAUCGAGGGUGAAAAAAGACAUGCUAACUCGUAUAGCAAUGUAGCGCGGGGAAGGGGAAGCCAUUUGGAAAGUGAAAUGCGUUUGAUUGACGACGAAGGAGAAGCAUCGGAUGACGAUAAGGACAUUGAUGGAGAGGCAGGUGACGAAAGUUGCCCGGUAAUCCUCCUCACAAAAGAGGAGAAAAGAAGGUUGAGGAGACCAUGGAAGUAUUCGUUGAUUAUCAAGCUUUUUGAUAAACGGUUAAGUUAUGCUGUCUUAAUUAGAAGGCUUCGCCUUAUGUGGAGCCUGAAGGGGGAGAUUGCCCUCACGGAUGUGGGUUGCGCAUUCUACGUGGUUCGAUUCUCGUCAAUGGAGGAUUACGACUUUGUAAUGACGCAGGGACCUUGGAUGAUAGGUGAUAGUUACUUAACGAUACGAAAAUGGAUCCCAAAUUUUGUCCCCGAUGAAGAACCAAUACGAACACUCACGGCGUGGGUAAGAAUUCCAAACUUGUCGGUGGAGUACUUCGACAAAGCAUUCCUUCACCGCAUAGGGGAAAAGAUUGGUAAGGUAGUACGCAUAGACAAGAAUACGGAAUCUAUGGACAGAGGGCAGUACAUAAGGUUUUGCAUAGAGGUCGAUCUAUCGAAACCCCUACUGUCUAAAUUCCGGCUAAAUGGAAGAGUUUGGAUAAUCCAAUACGAAAGGGCUUCGUCAAAUAUGCUUCAAGUGUGGUCACUUAGGACAUAA